UAGGAUGAUUGGAAGGGAUGAGAGACGGUGACCGAGAGGCUCACAUCAAAAUGGCCGCAUUUUAGUCUACAGACGAUUUUUCUUUACUGUUUGCCAAUAGCCGCAUAAAGGGCCUGGCAGUGUUCCCUUAAGUGGCAGAUCUGUUUCGCCGGAAAUUUCGCUGUCGAAUAAUCUGAAAAUUUUCGUGAAAUAGAAUAAACUUUGGUUUUGCAUAAUUUUUGUACAUGAUGUUACGUCACCAACAUCACACAAUGCAAAACCAACUUCGAGAUCAUAACAGAAUGGGUGGUCCGAUGCGUCCUAUGCAGCAGGCAAAUAUGGCCCCUUUACAUCAGCCUCAGCAUCCGUUACCGCAUCGGAAUCCACAUCAACAAAUACUGUCCAUGCCCCCCCAUCAACAACACAUUCAUCACAUGCAACAUCCUGGACCACCACAUGGAAAUCCAAGGCAACCAAUGUUGAUGGGCAUGAAUGCACAUAAUGCGAAUGGCACCAUGGUUAGCGUCAGUCUAAAGGAUCAAGCAAAUACUGUUUCUGUGACUCUACAAAAUCCAAAUGUACCACCACCACAGUAUCCACCACCGCAAAAUAAUCAACGAAAUCCCCCGCCUCCGCAACACAUUCAACAACCGCAAAGCAUAGAAUCAAAUAAACCAACUACAAAUGAAACAAACAGUGGAGAGUCCAGAGAUCAAAGUCCACCUACUCAAAAUCACGUUAAUGUGACUGAUUCAGCUUUGGCAAACAUGAAAGAAAAAACACCAAUGUGCUUAUUGAAUGAGUUAGCACGUUUUAAUAAAAUUCAGCAUCAAUAUAGGUUGACUAAUGAACAAGGACCAGCGCACAAAAAGCGAUUUACGGUAACGCUAAAGUUGGGCGAAGAAGAAUAUGUUGCUGAAGGUCCUAGCAUAAAAAAAGCUCAGCACAGUGCUGCUACUGAAGCAUUAACGAAGACGUGGUAUCAACGACCUCCGCCAAAACCUACAAAGACUAUGAGAGUUGGACACCCGGGGAAAUGUUUUGGCGGGCCUGGAAAUUUGCCACCAACUGUUGAAUUAAAUGCUUUGGCUAUGAAAAGAGGAGAAGCCACUGUCUAUACUUUUAGACAAGCUCCACCAGCAGGAUUACAACAAUAUGUUACAAACGGUUUAGGACACUUUCCUCGAAUAUUUAAUCCACGUUUUCCUACAUAUAAUCGAGGUUUCCAUACAGAACCUCAAUUAUAUCUUGUAUCUUUGAAGGUAGGAGAACGUGAAUUUAUUGGUAGAGGUCUGACAGGUCAAGCAGCACGACAUGAUGCGGCAAGCAAAGCUUUAGAACAAUUGCGCCAAUUGCCAUUACCAGAAGAAAUAGCAAAUAAUUGUAACAGUGGCGAAAACGGUACAUUAGGUGAAGCUAAAGAUCCGAUUGCAGAAUUGAAGAGCCCUGUAUCAUUAGUUCACGAAAAAGCAUUAAAACGUGGCUUACCUGUUAGUUUUGAAGUUGUGUCAGAAAUUGGUAAGCCUCAUAUUCGGACAUUCAGGACGAAAUGUACUGUUGGAGAUAAAGUUACAUUAGGAGAAGGACCUUCAAAGAAAGUAUCGAAGAAACACGCAGCGGAGUUCAUGUUAGAAGAACUCAAUCGUCUACCUCCAUUGCCUGAAACUAUUCAAAAUCGUUUAGUACGCGUGAAACGCAAGCCACCAGCAACAAAGAAAAAGUCGCGAAAUCUUAUAAAAGUUUAUCAAGAACCACGUUCUGACUCUGACUCUGCAGAAGAAGUAAAUCCAGUUUCGCGAUUAGAUCAGAUACAACAAGCUAAACGAGAGAAGGAACCUGUCUAUAAUCUGAUUGAAGAAAAGGGUGCUCCAAGGCGAAAAGAAUUCGUUAUGGAGGUUACUAUGGGACAAUAUUCUGCUCAAGGAAUCGGUCCUAAUAAAAAGUUGGCUAAGAGAGCUGCGGCUGAAGCUCUUUUAACACAGUUAGGUUACACUAAGCCCCAACCACAACCGACGAAGCCAUCGAUUAAAACAGGAGAAAGUGAAAAUGCUGAACAAAAACCUCGAAAAGUUACCUUCCUAGAAGAUGAGCAGAUCAAUGAAACUCAAUCUCAUCCACCAGUAGGAGGAACUAUUGGACGUCAGUUAGUACCUGGACUUUUAUUAGUAGACGGAGGUCAGGAAUCUAAAUUAGGCAGUGGACCUAGCGUACAAAUUGUUGCUGAAGAACUACGAGGACAACAGCAACAAAACCCACCCACUGUUUCUCCCAAAGAUCAAUUGAAAUAUCUGUCUCAGUUAUUUAAUUUCAGCGUGGAAUUUAACGAUUUUCCAAAGGGAGCAGUAAACAAAGAAUAUCUAUCACUUGUAACAUUAAGUACAGAUCCACCACAAGUUUGUCAUGGCAAUGGGCCAACAAGAACUGCGAGCCGUAAUCAAGCAGCAUUGAAAGCUCUAUGUACUUUAAGUAAGCUGGGUCUUGAUAAUGCAUCCAACUCACAAACAAAAAAAGAAAAAGUUGUUGAAUGAACUAAUCGGAGGGAGAAUGAGUCUUCUUGAUCUAUCUUUCUUGGGCCUUAUUGCACGGUAACUUCGAUAUUGAAUCACCGAUGACUCUCGAUCUUCAUACAUAACGCCAUUGCUUCUUUAACUUAACGGAUCGCGGAUUUUGAAGAUCAGUAGCUUUUUAUGAAGGACAAAUCUUUUGCAGUGCCUUAAUCGCAUCAAAAAAUUGCUCAAGCACCAAUAAAUAAUACAGUCUUCUUUCUUCUCCUUUUUCUUCUUUUCUUUCGCGGCAACUGAUCGUUUGCAGCAGCCUUUCAUGGAUUUCUGCAACGAUUAUAAAUAUGGCACGAUGAAAUUGUAUCUACAAUUGCGUAAAUGAAUAUAUAUAAUUUAAAUCAUAUUUUUUACGCUUAAACAUAUAAUAACGUCUUGAAGUAAGAGGUGUUAUUGGUGCUUGAUCAAGAUUGUGAUCUUAACAGUGAUUAUUGAUUCUAUUAUAUUUAUUAUAACAAUUUCAUUGAUAGGGUCACAAUCAGUAAACAUAAACUGUUUAAACAUCGUAAAUGAAAUGGUCAUUUUCCAGAGAGUCGUGGUUUGUGAUCAUAAAAGCAUUGUAGAAACAUUAAGCGAAAAAUAUUGAAAUCUGAGAUGAAAUGCGGCCAUCUCCUAAUUUCUUUAUUUAAUCCUUGGCUUUCUCAUUCUCGCGAAUAAAAUGUCUUUUAUGUCUUAUUACCUACUAUGAACGCGUACAAAUCAGUGAAACAAUUUCAUGAUCUUCAUUUAGAUUCAUUUACAUAGAUGUAAAGCAACUUUAAUAGACUAGUCUUAUUUCGUAUAAAAAACUCAAUGUUUUGUUGAGCGAAAUGAAAUUCUUAAUAAUGAUUAAUUUUGAAAUUAUAUAUAGUGAUCAAUACAAAAGAAGCGCAUUUUCCAAAAUGAGAUUCGGCAAGAAAUUGAAAAGAAUUAUGUGUAUUAAGUGUCUCCAACUGAGAAAACAGUUUUUUAUCAUCGUAAUAUUCACCAAAUGCUUAAGGAUGCUUUAUUAAAUCAAUUUAAUUAUAAUGAUUUACAAGAUUGCACACAGGUAAAUAAUACAAAGAUGAUACAGGUUUGACAAUUGGUUGGGGACUCUUUAAACGUAUUCGAUUGUUCUCCGAGUUUUUGUUUUAGAAUUUGUAAAAUUGAAGAAAGGUAAUGUGAUAUAUUCAUAUUAUUGCCCCAAUUUGCUUUUCUAUGGGGCCUAGAAGCACUCUGGGGUUAUAUUCGUGUUUUACAAGAUAUUGAGAAGUAAAGGACAUUCAAAUUUUCAUACAUCCGUUAUCUAAAACGAAAAUGGAAGAUAAUCUGGAUGUAUUGGAAAUUAUAGAUAAAAUGGUAAUAAUUCAAAAUUUGUCUCGUUGAAUCAUGGUUAUUAAUAAAAUAUGUUUGAUUUAAUUAUAUUCAAGAUUCCGAUGAGACUACGCUAAAGGGACAACGUCGUCGAAUUUUGUCUUAUUGCCAGAAGCUUAUAACGAUACUAAAUUGGUCAUGAUAUAAAGAAUAUCCAAUAAUGAAUGAAGAUAAUGUCGAGAAAUAGAGUUCGUUCUAUCUAUAUAAGAACAAAAGAAAAUAAUACUAUUAUAUGAUUCUCUUAUGAAGACUUAUCUUAUAUUCAUUAUUCUCACUCCAUCAUUCUACAGAUUUCUUAAAUAUUAAUGAACCCUUAAACAAAAAGGAAGGAAAAAGAACAUAAACAAAUGAUCGUAAAAUUUCAGUAAAGCAAUUGAUUACUUUUCCACGAUAUGUAAUACGCUCUGUAUCAUGGAGAUGAGAGGAAAGAAGGGUUACUUAUAUCAUUUAUAAUAUUUUAUUCUUUCAGAUAACCAUUCAUAACGCGAUACCUUCCGAAUAAUUUAUAGCUCACUCGAGGACGAGUUAAUGAAUGUUCCUUUUUCUGAAAUAUCGCUUCAUAGGUGAGCCUUCCUUCUUCACGUGGGAUUCAGUGUUCCAAAUAAAAGAAACAAUGAAAAAGAGUCGUGGUGAACCUCUUUCGCAUAGUUUUUUCAGUAAAAAAAGUAAGAAAAUGAAAGAAAAAGAGAAACAUGAAUCCUACGAAAAUGUACCCCUGUUGCAGGACCUAUUUUAUCCGCGUAAACUGUAAUACAAUAGUUAGUCAUAAUAAUAAGCGAAUAAAGUAUUAAUUACUAAGAUGUCUGAAGUGGAAGUAUCUCGAUGGAACACAACGAUUAAUGUGAUUCCGAGAAAACGUGGAUGCAUUAGAAUAAAAGGUGACGAUCUAUAGUUUGCUCAACGAGACAAGAGAGUAGACAUAAACGUGGUGAUUCCAGUCACAGCAAUCACAUUUUAUUCGUGUCUACUCUUUCAUCUCGUUGGGCAGACCAUAAAUACUUAUUUUACAAGUAACUCUUUCCUUUUAAAUCUGUAACUAUCGGACAAUUGUACUAUUGGCACGGAAAUUUAUAUACCUGACUAUUAUUAAAUUGUAAAUUAUUAUGUCGUAAAAACAUACGUACUUCGUUUUGUGUUCCAACUUAUUGAUAAAUAAAUGCACAAAAAUUUCAAUUUAGUAUUUUCAACAAUUAAAGCGAUUUUAUGUUCGUAUAAUUAAAACAUUAAGUUUAUGUGAAUUGUGUACCGAUAGUUAAAGAAAUUAUUUCAAUGAAAGUAGUUGAAAAUGUGAGUGAAUUAUCCAAAAAUUUCUAUUAAAAAAACGUUUAAACGACCCGUUAAUUUAAUCUGAUAAUGCUGUAUAUGUUUAUGUUAAAAGAAUGCUUUCCUAAUGAUGGGAAAAAAGAUCAUACUAUGCGAUUUAUUGUUUUUAAUGUUGUGGUAUAGAAAAUGAAAGUUGCGCUUAAAAUAAA